AUGAAUGAAAAGAACAGCAAUUGCCGCCGAAAAGUUUGCAAUUCGUUUACUGUUUGGUGCACAGUGUCUACAUUUUUUUGCUUCAUUCUCAUACCACUCGAUUGUUUUUGUUUCUUUUCAGGUGAAGAGGAAUGUGAAAAAAUUGUUUUGGACUUGUCUCGCAAGCAAUUGAAAAAAGUGCCAAAACAAGAAGAAGCCCAAAAUGUACGUGUUCUUCUCUUGGAUGAAAAUGAAUUACAAAAAAUUGAUAAUAUCGAUUCAUAUCUUAAAAUAGAAAAGCUAUCCUUGAGCAAAAAUCAAUUGCUACGCAUGUAUGGCAUAUGUCGUUUACAUUGCUUGCGAGAAUUAAAUCUUUCGUUCAAUGGGAUUUUAUCAAUUGAAGGCUUGAAAGAAUGUACCCACUUGCGCAUUUUGAAUUUGGAGGGAAACAACAUUAAAAAUAUUGAACAUCUAAAUACCAACACAAAGUUGGAAUAUUUAAAUUUGGCUGAAAAUAGUAUAGGCAGUAUAUCGGAUAUAUCAUUUCUAAAGUGCCUAAAGGAACUAUAUUUGCAUGGAAAUCGAUUAACACAUUUAAGACAGUGCGAUAAAUACUUACCGCAAUCACUGGAGGUUUUGACUUUGGCCAAAAAUAAUAUAAGCGAUUUAAACGAAAUCUGUACAUUGGCACAUUUGAACAAUUUGAAUAGCCUAACUAUUAGUGAGAAUCCAUGUGUUUCGAUGACAGCAGGAGCUGAUGGGUUUGACCAUAGACCAUUCGUUUUGAAUUGGUGUUUGAGUCUAAAAGUUAUCGAUGGUUUUGUGGUAGAUCCCAUUGAAAGCCUUAAAGCUGAAUGGCUGUAUAGCCAAGGACGUGGUCGUAGUUUCCGUUUGGGGGAACAGGCCGCACUUGCUAAAUAUUUGAGUUCUGUUUGCCCUUUAAUUGGAAAAGCAUUAGAAAAUGAAAAUGAACGCAAACUGCGAUUGAUACUAAGUAAAGCUCAACAUCAUCAGCGUCAACUGCAGGAAGAAAUAUCGGAGAACUCUAACGCGUCAGCGAAUAAUUCACCGUCAUCGGGACGAAAGAAACCUGCAAGUCGUAUACAAUCACCAAGAUUUUCACGUUUAAGUGGUCGUCAAGGCUCACCAGAUUCUAUGGUUAAUAGUUAUCAUGGUAAUACGGCCAAUGAUCGUAAUGAAGCAAAUCAUGCUACACAAAUGACAACAUCACUGAUCGAAAAUGUAAAGAACUGCGAAUCAAUAAUGUCACAAAGUUUGGAGGGCUCAAAUGGUAAUAAUUCGAAUGCAAAAAUGAAUAAUUCACAGGAAUCUACACCACGUACAAUAACUCCAAAUCCGUAUAAUGAACAAUCAUAUGCAAAUCAACCAUUAAGUGGGGGACCUUUGGCGGCUGCAUCAAAAAUGGUACCCGUACCGGAAACGCUUAUGAGUCCAGAUGUUUGCCCCGCCUCAGUGGCUCAACGGGUAACUGUCUCAGCAAUAAAUACUCAAAUACAACAAACAAAAACUAAUAAAAAUAAAGAUAAUCGUUUAAAUUCACCAAAAAUGCGCAGUCCUCACCUGAAACGCAAUACUGCGGAACGCAGUCCAACAAUGAGUCCAAGAAAAUCCAAUACAGUUGCCAACAAUUCGAAUAUUCACCAACAAAUGUCCAAUACAAAAAUGAUUUCAAAUCAGCAGCAACAUUUGGAACAACAACAAAUAAAGUCACGGCAAUUUGUCACAAAUUCAAUGCAUGUUGCAGCUCCAGACGAUUGUUCAGCAGGUGGUAGUUCUGACGAUGAUAGUGAUAACAUCAAUGUGGAUAAAUUAAAAACGAUACGCAAUAAAGCAGCGCAGAGGUGUCAACAAAUGAAACAGAAUAUGGAGAAUUCCAGUUUGAAUUGCAGCCAAGAUACCGAAUCAUCAGCUGUGGUAAUACAAAAAAUAUGGCGAGGAUAUCGUACACGCAAAAAAACCAAGGACAUUGCGGAGAAAUUACUUAAGCGAAGGACGCAUGAAUACAUUGACAAAUUAACCAAAGACAUGGAAAUGACAAAGGCCCAACUGGAAAAUGAACGCAAAAUUCAGCAGCUUCAAAUGCAGGCCAUUAAUGCGCUUUGGAAAAAGGUUUCUUCAAUGCAAAACACAGUUGUCACAACUAACCCAACCCCGGCAAAUGCAGAUGCUGUCCAUGGAGAUCAAUCAUCAUCGGUAGGGUCAUCGUCAUCUAGCAAUGUGGUAGUCACACAACCAAAUACAUUAUGUUUAGAUAAUAGUUCAACAACGGUGGUAAAUGAUUUAGCCAAGACAUGUGGAAUGCUAACAAAUCAGGUACAACAAUUGCAGGGUUCAAUGAGAGAUAUUUUAAAUUGUCUCACAUUGUUCUGCAAUUUACCUCAAGAGAACGUAAAACGUCUCUUGACUGCCGGUGUAGCUGAGGCUUUAUCCCAAACAACAAAUCCCCUCAAUACCUCGAAUAGUAGCGAGAAAAAAGACUCAGCAGCUACACAAACAGAAAUAGUGGCAGUACACACGCCACAAAUGGAGAAUCAAACGAAUUUCCCGUUUACAAAAGUGCGCCCUUCAACCUUAGCCUUGUUGGAAGCUCAAAACCCGACUAACAGUAGUGGCACGGGUAAUACAGCGGCAGUUUCGACAUCUACAGACAUGGACCAACCAUUGGAAACUCCCACUAAUCACAAAAGACACAUGCCGCCGCCAGAUGAAAGUGGGGUAUGCAGUGACGAUGUCCGUUCGUAUGAUUCUGUUUCAAUAUCCGAGAAACAAGACGACGAUGAGAAACAUAAUUUACAGUUGAAAUCCAGUGGCUGA